GGAUAUCAUUGUUUCACUAUCCAAUAAUACAAACCCCUGUGUUAUCGAACAAAUUGUCUAUAAAUAUAGAAAAUGCAUUAGUCCAUCGUGUUUUAUUAUUAAAACAUUGAUUCAGUGAUUACAUGUGAUCAAUGUUAGCAGGCGUUUGUGAUUUUAAUGAAUAAAUCGUGUCAAAACUGAUUUCAAAAAUCAUAACUGGCACACAAUUAUUAGAAAUGGGUGAAAAAGAUCAGGAACAAUGCGAGGGAGCCGAGAAAACGUACCGACAUAUUUUACCAGGGGAACACGUUUACGAAGAUGUUCUGUUUUUCGGUUAUACCCCUGCCGACAUUCUGGACGCUGUGAAAGACUUCCAAGUGAGAAAUGAUGACGUCAUCAUAGCAACAUAUCCUAAAGCCGGAACAACGUGGUUACAGGAAAUAGCAUGGCUGAUAAUGCAUGAUGGGGAUUUUGAUGGCGCUUACCGAAAACCUGUCUACUUCCGGUCACCAUUUUUAGAGUUCAAGGACAAAGUUCUAAACGAGGUUGGCCUUGACAUUGCUAAUCCAAUGGCGUCACCAAGGGUGAUCAAGAGCCAUUUACCAGUUAAACUAAUGCCAAAACAAAUUCAGGAAAAAGACUGUAAGAUAAUAGUUUUAUUCCGGAACCCAAAAGACUUGUGCGUUUCUUAUUACCAUUUCUACCGGUCUAGUUCAUCGUUUGGAAAGUUUACGGGAACUUGGGAAGAUUUCUUCGACAUGUUCAUGGAGGGACAUGUUGACCACGGGUCCUGGUUUGACUACACUAAGAGUUGGUGGGAAUUAAGAGAUCGGUCAAACGUUAAAAUUGUAUUUUACGAAGACAUGAAAGAAGACCUGCACAGAGAGGUUACAGAAAUAUGUAAAUUUCUGGAUAAAGAUCUAUCCGGUGAUUUGUUAACAAGAAUUGUGGAGCACUGCCAGUUUGAAAGCAUGAAAAGAAAUCCAAUGACCAACCAUCUAGAUGUGUACUCUAUCAACGCAAAAGUCUCACCACUUCUUAGAAAAGGAACGGUUGGUGAUUGGAAGACGCAUUUUACUGUGGCACAAAAUGAAAGAUUUGACAAAUUCUAUAAUGAUAUACUUGGAGGGCUUGAUAUACCUUUCAAGUAUACACUAGAAAUGAACAGUUGAAAAUAUAUGUCGUGAUGAUGUAAAAGCAAAAUAUUAGAUAUUAUUAUAAUCUUUGUCCUGGAAAUAGACCAGGAUGUAAAUGCGUCGUCACAGUAUAUAGUUUUCUUUUUGUAUUUUGCUAAUGAAUCCAUUUGAUUUUAAAUACACUGUUCCACAUUCGAAGUUUGUUAGGUCAAACAUCUCCACUGCAUACUUACAUAUCUUGAAUACUACUUUACGUUUAAAUAUCGCCCACCCCACCCCAAAAAACUAUACACUGUGUUUUAAAUGUGGAGAGAUUUACAAUAAGCUUUUAGCUUUCAGUUCAAUUCACUUUAUCUGGAUAUUGUAUAAAUUUUCGAUAUGUUGUGUAGUAUUGUCACUUGAUAAAAAAAAUACAAGACAUGGACAUUGUAAAAUCAGUGCAUGCAAAUAAAAUAAUGAAAUAUGAAAAUUGAAUCGAUGUG